AUGGCAAAGGCUCAUCCCCCUGAGCCAUCUCGUGUCAACAAAAAUCCUCCCAUUGCGCAAGGAUGCAAAAUACAAAAAAGACCGCUCAACAGGCCCCAGAUCCCAUCCUCCUCAAAAUCUCCAGUCAUCUACAUAUCUUCUCAUACCCCCUUCCUGUCCGCAGUCAGUCGCGUUCGCAAACUCCUCACCAAGUCCCUACGCAACACAGCGGCAGCCCCCAAGAAUGCGUCAACCCAUGCACGUGUGGAAGCGCUACAGCGUAGCACCAAUACCGCGUAUGGGAAUGCCUCGCCACUAGUGGUCACCGUCCUGGGCACGGGAAAGGCCAUUGAGAAGACGCUCAGCUUGGCGAGUUGGUUCGAGCAGCAGGGGGAUUGCGACGUUCGGUUGAGGACCAAGACGGUUGGGACCGUGGAUGAUGUAAUUGUCGAGGAAGGGGAAGGGGAUGAGCUGCAUAGGAUCCGGAGAGUUAGUUGCUUGGAGGUGGUCAUCACGUUGAAGUGA